AACAUAGUAUUACACCCUACAACACAAAAAGCCUGUAUAUUUAAUAGGUACGUGUACGUGUGUGGAUGGCUCAGCCUGAGACUGCUGCAGAUGUUAAAUGGACUCCAGAGCUGGAGGUAGCCCUCUUUCACUCAAUGCAUGGACUCAAGCCUGUCGGACUAAACAAAAAUUUCCAUAUGGUGUGCAUUCAACAUAAGUUGCAACAAUCAGCAGGACUGUUCUUAACGACAAGACAGAUUUGGCAGCACCUGAGGACAUUGUACGAUCUAGAGUCACUAGAGAAUUUAGAGAUGUUUCCAUUUCCGAAUGAAGAGACAGACUUUAAUUUACCUGCUCACAUGGUUGAUGACAUAAGAGUGUACCUGAAAGAGGCUGAGGGUGUUGAAGAGGAGGUAGGUGGGACCAAGAAGAGUAGGUGCCUCCAGUCCAGUAGUCUGUCCCCAGCCAGCUCGCCAAUCACAGGAAGAUCUGGCAGCAAAAGAAGAAAGAACUAGCUCUCCAUUAAUUUUCUUUAUGCAUUCACACAUUUUUCCAUUCAUUCACAUUAUAAAUUGAUUGUUGGCGAUCACUGUAAA